AUGACUUCAUUUGGUGCCAAAGAAAUUCGAGAGGGGAACUUUAUGCCCACAUUUAAAGUACACGGGCAAGUUUAUCAUUUGAUCGGUAAUUUACUUCCAGCUGAAGGUGCACAACCAGAGUUUUUGCAAAUAUAUUUUGUUUCUCAUGCAGAUCAGGUAUCCUUGCGCUCAAAUUUAAACCCGACCUUGCAAAUCGAUCUUAUCGACGCUCUACAAAAAUAUCUUCACGAUCAUAACACGUAUAUCCAAAGUUUUAAAUACAAUCUCGAAAAUAGACCAAUAAGUGAUUUAAAACUUAUAAUCCAUGCUGAUGUAAAACCUCCUAAUGAUCAUCGAGGUCGGUAUAAUAUGCCAAUAGUAGACGAAGUAGCUGUUCUUUUGAUAGAUGAGGAUACAGGUCCCCGAGAUAUUGUGUUGAAUGCGAGAGAUGGUCAACUGCAACGAGUUUCUGAGCUUCACAGAUCUUAUGAUCCCCUUCAAUAUCCUUUACUGUUUCCGUAUGGCAAUGACGGGUACUGCAUAAAUAUUCUACAACGGAAUGGUGCUGCUAGAUCUAAAACUGUAUCAUGUAUGCAGUUUUAUGCCUUUAGACUAAUGGUGAGAAUAGAUGACUUUAACAGCUUACAUUACUUCAAAGGAUUAUUCAACCAAUAUUGUGUUGAUAUGGCGGCAAAAAUGAUAUCUGAGAUACUUAGUUUUAUCAAAAGAAAUCAAAAAAAAUUGAGAGCAGAUGAAUACAUUCAUUUAAGAGAUGCCGUGACUAAUGAUGGCAAUAUAGAUGCUUUUAAUAUUGGGCAGUAUGUUAUAUUGCCAUCGUCAUUUACAGGAUCUCCAAGAUACAUGAAUGAAAAAAGUCAAGAUGCCAUGACAUACGUCAGAAAGUUUGGAAGACCAGAUCUCUUUAUUACAUGUACAUGUAACCCCGAGUGGCCCGAAAUAAAAAAUGAGUUAUUACCAGAUCAAAAAUCUUACGAUAGACAUGAUUUGGUUUCCAGAGUAUUCCAUUUAAAACUAAAGAAAAUGAUAGACCUAUUGACGAAGAAACAUAUCUUUGGACCAACUCAAGCCUUUGUUUAUAGCGUAGAAUGGCAAAAAAGAGGUUUACCUCACGUCCACAUUUUAUUAUGGCUGGCAAAUAAAAUACAACCAGAUUCUAUAGAUGACAUAAUAUCGGCUGAAAUACCUGACAAACAACAAGAUCCUAUACUUCAUAAUAUCGUCAUAAAAAAUAUGAUACAUGGUCCUUGCGGAUUUCAUAAUCCUGCGUCACCAUGUAUGAAAGAAAACAUUUGUUCAAAAAAGUACCCUAGAUCUUUUAUUUCUGAAACACAAACCGGUGAUGACGGUUACCCAACCUACAGGCGCAGAUCUCCAAAUAAUGGUGGAAACACAGGAAUUGUUCGUGUCAGAGGAACAGAAAUUAGCGUGGAUAAUAGGUGGGUUGUUCCUUAUAAUCCAGUACUUUCACGAAUUUUCAAUGCACACAUAAACGUAGAAUUUUGUCAAUCGGUCAAAGCUAUUAAGUAUAUAUGUAAAUAUAUUCAUAAAGGUUCUGAUCAAGCCACAUUUUCUUUGCAAAAUAGUAACAAUGAAGUAGAAAAAUAUCUAAAUGGUCGCUAUAUUAGUUCUUCAGAGGCUUUUUGGAGAAUUUUCCAAUUUCCUAUUCAUGAACGUUUCCCAGCUAUAGUUCAUUUGGCAGUUCAUUUGGAAAACGGACAAAGAAUUUAUUUUAAUAAUGAAAAUCUCCAAGAUCGGGUCAACAAUCCUCCUUCGACAACGCUUACAGCGUUUUUCGAUCUGUGCAAAAAGGAUGAAUUUGCAAAAACUCUUUUAUAUCGAGAAGUGCCUCAAUAUUACACAUGGGAAAGAAACAAAUUUUUCAGAAGGAAGCGUGGGCAAGACGUUGAUGGAUUCCCAGGUGUAAAAAAAGAUACAGCUUUAGGCCGUGUAUACAAUGCCCAUCCGACUCAAACUGAGUGCUAUUAUUUGAGAAUAUUAUUGCAACAUGUUCGGGGUCCUACGUCAUUUGAAGAUCUUAGGACCGUUAAUGGUAUUAUUUUACUGUCUGUAAAAUAA